UUGGGUUUGCUUUUCAUAUCAUCAUUGUAUAAAUUCCUCUUCUUCUAGACCAAAACCCUAAGGGUUCUUGUAAGAACCAAUAGCCGCCAGAUUCAUCAACACACUCGAUUUCAUCACUAUCUUCUCCUCGCACCGAUUAGAUUCUUGUCACCAAUUUUCGGUCAGUAAUUAUGGAAUCCAAUCCAAAAUACUCAAUUUCUCAACCUUCUUUUGAUGAUUGAUUCUUAGUAGUUACUUACAAGUGAGAGCUUUUGAGGUUGUAAAUAUGGGGCUUCUCCGUUUUGACGAUGAAAGUUUGGGUUUUUGAGUUGUUUAACAGUUUAGGGUUUUGUUUUUGUUUAAGGGUAGUGAUCAGGUUUUAGGGGAUGAAAACUGUAAUUAUCGGUUUGAGUUUUUGAAAGUAAAAAUGUUGUCUGAAUUGGGUAGGAGGCCGGUGAUUGGUGGGAAUGAGGGUUCAUUUGGAGAUGAAUUUGAGAAGGAAAUAGGGAUGUUGCUUCGUGAUCAAAGACGGCAUGAGGUUGAUGAUCAUGAACCUGAACUUAAUUUGUAUAGGAGUGGAUCAGCUCCUCCAACUGUGGAUGGUUCUUUGAAUGCAGUUGGUGGGUUAUUUGGGAGUGGGUCCACCGGGGCGGCUGGGAUUUCGGAGUUUUCUGGGAAUGGUUUUGGUUCUGAGGAGGAGCUUAGGUCUGAUCCAGCUUAUCUGUCGUAUUAUUACUCUAAUGUGAAUCUGAAUCCUAGACUUCCGCCUCCUUUGCUAUCAAAGGAGGAUUGGAGGUUUUCGCAGAGACUAAAAGGUGGAGCUUCUGUAAUUGGUGGGAUUGGUGAUAGGAGGAAAGUUAACGGGGCUGAUGAUAAUGCUGGCAGGUCGGUGUUUGCUACGCCUCCGGGUUUUAAUAAUAGGAAAAGAGAAAAUGAGGUAGUGGUUGAUGAAAAAGCUAGAGGUUCUGCUGAGUGGGGUGGAGAUGGACUCAUUGGUUUGCUAGGACCAGGUCUUGGAAGCAAGCAAAAGAGCCUUGCAGAAAUUUUUCAGGAUGACUUGGGACGCAACUCCCCCGUCACAGGCUUUCCUUCUCGUCCAGCCAGUCGUAAUGCAUUUGAUGAAAAUGUUGAGAUUGCAGCUUCUGCUGAAGCAGAGCUGGCUCAUUUGCGCCAUGGUUCCUUAGCCACUGAUGGUGUAAGGUCUGGAUCAAAUGUUCAAGGGUCACCUGCAUCCCAAAAUGUUGGCACACAAGCUUCAUAUUCUUAUGCUGCUGCACUUGGUGGCUCUUCCCUGUCACGAAGCACUACUCCUGAUCCACAACACAUUGCUAGGGCUCCCAGUCCUUGCCCCACGCCUAUCGGUAGUGGGAGAGUUGCUGCUGCUGCUGAGAAGAGAGGUAUUACCAGUCCUGAAGCAUUUAAUGAUGUUUCUUCUGGCGUCAAAAAUGGUUCUGCAAAUAUUGUCUCAGCAAUGUCUGGCAUGAAAUUGUCAGCAGACGAUGUGUUGGAUGGUGAUAACCAUUUCGCAUCACAGGUUGAGUCCGAUGUUAAUAAUUAUGCAAGAUAUCUUUUUGGUAUGCCAGGCGGUCAGGAUCAUGGCAAGCAACAAGCAUAUUUAAAAAAAUCUGAAUCGGGACACUUACAGAAAAUAGCUCACUCUGAUUCAGUUAAGAGAAGCAGUAGCAGGUCAGACAUGAAAAGUCCGUCCUUGGAUAGGCAGGCCGAGCAUCAAAUGUCUGCUGUUUCUCCCAAUAACUCGUAUUUCAAUGGAUCACCUAGCUCUCCUUAUAGUGGUGGAGGUGGCUUGCCUGCACAGUACCAGCCUUCAGAUGGUACCAAUUCAUCAUUUAAUAACUAUGGCCUGAGUGGGUAUGGUGGAAAUCCAGCAUUGGCAUCCUUCAUGACUAACCAACUUGGAACUGGGAACAUGCCACCUCUGUUUGAGAAUGUUGCUGCAGCAUCAGCAAUGGCAUCCCCUGGAAUGGAUUCAAGAAUCCUUGGUGGUGGUUUUCCUUCUGGAGUUUCUUCUCCAUCUGAUGUGCAUGUUUUAAGUAGAAUGGGAAAUCAAACUGCAGGCGGUGGUCUUCAGGCUUCUUAUGUUGACCCAAUGUAUCUUCAGUACAUGAGGACACCUGAGUAUGCUGCUGCACAACUUGGUGCUCUUAAUGACCCAGCUGCAGACAGGAAUUACUUGGGAAACUCGUACAUGAAUUUACUUGAGCUUCAGAAAGCUUAUCUUGGAUCUCUGCUUUCACCCCAGAAGUCACAAUACAAUGUUCCACUUGGUGGUAAAUCCGGCGGUUCCAACCAUCAUGGUUAUUAUGGAAAUCCUGCGUAUGGUGUUGGUUUGUCUUAUCCAGGAAGUCCAAUGGCAAACUCUUUAUCCAAUUCUCCAGUUGGGUCUGGCAGUCCUAUCAGGCAUAAUGACCUAAAUAUGAAUUUUGCUUCUGGAAUGAGGAAUGUAGCUGGGGCUAUGGCACCAUGGCACCUAGAUGCUGGAAACGUGGAUGAAAACUUCGCUUCAUCUCUGUUGGAAGAGUUUAAAAGCAAUAAAACUAAGUGUUUUGAGCUUUCUGAAAUAUCUGGCCAUGUUGUUGAAUUCAGUGCUGAUCAAUAUGGGAGCCGUUUUAUUCAACAAAAGCUUGAAACAGCAACUACUGAAGAAAAGAAUAUGGUUUAUCAGGAAAUCACUCCACAUGCUCUUGCUUUGAUGACCGAUGUCUUUGGUAAUUAUGUGGUUCAGAAGUUUUUUGAGCACGGACUUGCAUCCCAAAGAAGGGAGUUAGCAAACAAGCUUUAUGGCCACGUUCUGACACUUAGCCUUCAAAUGUAUGGUUGUCGAGUCAUCCAGAAGGCCAUAGAAGUUGUUGAUCUGGACCAGAAGAUUAAAAUGGUUCAAGAGCUUGAUGGUAAUAUCAUGCGCUGUGUACGAGAUCAGAAUGGCAACCAUGUCAUUCAGAAAUGUAUUGAAUGCGUACCUGAAGAUGCAAUCGACUUUAUUGUCUCAACUUUUUUUGAUCAAGUUGUGACAUUAUCAACCCAUCCAUAUGGUUGCCGGGUGAUACAGAGAGUCCUGGAGCACUGUGAAGAUCCUAGCACACAGCAAAAAGUUAUGGAUGAGAUUUUAGGAGCAGUUAGCAUGUUAGCCCAGGAUCAGUAUGGCAACUAUGUUGUCCAGCAUGUCCUUGAGCAUGGUAAACCUCACGAGCGUUCCACAAUUAUCAAGGAAUUAGCAGGCAAUAUAGUUCAAAUGAGCCAGCAGAAGUUUGCCUCUAAUGUUGUGGAGAAGUGUUUGACGUUUGGAGGUCCUUCUGAGCGCCUAUUGCUUGUAAAUGAGAUGCUGGGCUCAACGGAUGAAAAUGAGCCUCUGCAGGCAAUGAUGAAAGAUCAGUUUGCUAAUUAUGUUGUACAGAAGGUGCUGGAGACUUGCGAUGACCAACAGCGUGAGCUAAUUCUUUCGCGAAUCAAAGUUCAUUUGAAUGCAUUGAAAAAGUACACCUACGGAAAGCAUAUCGUAGCCCGUGUAGAGAAACUUGUUGCUGCUGGAGAGAGGAGAAUUGCUGCUCAGUCUCCUCAUACUACUGCUUAGGAGUGAGAGUAGAGAAAGAGUGUUGUCUGUACAGCUAACUGAGGCUAGUGUGAUCUCCUCCUGCAUGCAAGAGUUAUUUAUGUUUAUCUAUCUAUUUAUCUGUCUGAUGGAUAGUUGUGGCCGAUUGGUAAUAAAAUUAUCGGUUUGUAAUUGAGAACUGUACAUUCUGUAGUUUAUACAUAGAAUUUAAGUGAGGUGAGAGGUUCAGAUGUGUAAUACUACUUACUACACCUCUGAUGCCCGGUGGAAGGCGAGGUGGAGGAUGUAAAGUUUUUCAUAAAACGGUGAGGUAGUUUAUAAGCUGACGAGACUGUACAAAAUGUUGCUAUGUGAAGAGCUUUUUAUGUUUUAUCAUUAUUUAGAUGAAAGCAGUGUUUUUCUUUCA